UUUAAAAUGAAUGUAGAACAAUUAAUAAGUGAAGUUUUUUCUCGGCCGGCUUUGUGGGAUCAGAAAAAUAAAUGUUAUCAUAACCGUGUUUUAGUGGAAAAGCUAUGGAUGUCCGUUGCUUCAGAAAUGAAAAUACCAAAGGAAGACUUAAAAAAAAAUGGAAGUAUUUACGCGCUCAAUUUCGAUGGGAAGUACGCAAAAUUCCAACUCCAAAAUCGGGGGAUGCCGCAUCACAAAUUACUUCGAGUUGGCCUUAUUUCAAUUCUCUACUGUUUUUAAAGGACCAAAUGAAAUACAGAAAUUUAAGUGGUAAUUUAAAAGCGUCAAGUGCAAAAGCUACCCAAGAAGAGGUUAAAUAUGAAGAAGAAAUUGAAGAUAUUCUCAACACUUCACAAGUCGAAGAAACAAGAGAUCUGUGCGACAAUGACGAGUUCAGCUGUGAAGUUCCAUCGAAAAAAAAAAAUACCUCUAACAGCACUGCCCAAUUGUUGGAAAUUGAAAAAAGAAAAUUGGCACUGCUGGAAAAUAAAAAAAUGGAAAAAAAGACUGUAUUGGAUGAAGAUGAAGCAUUUUUUGUAACACUUUUGCCGCAUAUUCGGAAGUUGGACCCAGAGAAUAAAUUUCUGUGUCGAAUGGAAAUGCAAAAUGUACUUUAUAAAUACGUGUAUGCAAAAGUUAAAAAUAUGCCCACACUGUCCAAUGAAACUUCAAGAUACGCGCCUUUGUCUUCACCAAUCAGCGUUUCUUCUGAAAGCUACCAGAUAAAUUCUUUAGACCUUAGCAUAACUCCUUGUUUUCAACCGAUCUCAUUUACCUCAGUUGAAGGUACAAAUAUACCAUCAACUUCAUCAUCAUUGGUUUCAGACCAAAAUACAAUGGAAACUGUAAUUUAUUCAUCUUUAAACUCCUCUUAA